AUGCCUGCCAAUGCCGACCUCGAGAGCAUCGUCAAUGAACCUGGCCGCGGUUUCUUGGGUCAUCUUGCGUUCCUUCCAGUUGGCCGGGAGGAACAUGCGUCUUCUAUUCAACACUAUCCGUACCGGGGGAGGAAGCAGUUCCUCAUCGAUUUUGAGACGGAACGGCACCACCAUCGAACUGAUGCCGGUGGGGAUUACAGUGAGUGGUUUCUUCUCACUGGAGUUGAUAGUCAUAUCUUCGAGAACGAAUUCCUUGAACCUGUCGACCAAAGCACCCCCUGGACAUCCUGGAGUUCGUACGACGCUCAUAUGCAGUUGUUACUCGUUAGAGUGACCAAAUCACCUGCUCACGAAAUCGCCUCCAUGACCUUCAAUGCUGUGUUUAUGGAAGCCGUGGAGCCCACCGGGCUAAAGCGCUCCCUCAUACAAAUCGGUAGCACUACUCACUUUGCUUCCCUGGGUGCUAAAGAGCCCGAUCAAGCCUGGCGGCCCCAUCGACUCCCCCCUAGCCGCUCGCGAGACUGGCCCAGCGCUGUGAUAGAGGUCGCCUAUUCUGAAACCGAAGCAAAGCUGGGAUCUGACGUACGUUUCUGGAUGCGAGCGUCUGGGGGUGAUGUCAAAGUUGUACUCACCUUGCGCAUCGAUCGCCAGCAGCCCAAAAUCAGGAUUGAAAAGUGGGUGAGCAGCAAUAACACCAACACUCGCUAUCACCUCGACCAGAACAUUACUAUCUCAAAAUCAAAAAACCACCACAUCAUACUAUCAAAUGCACCGCUUACCAUUGGCUUUGAGGAGCUGUUUCUGCGACCAGCUAGCAUACCAAGGGAGAGGGAUAUUGGGGUGGAUGCGGAGAAGCUGCAGUACUUGGCAACGGAGAUAUGGGAUGAACAGGGAUUCUGA